CAGAGAAAGAGAGGGGUGAAUUUUCAAUUCUGUGCCUUUGCCCUCUCUUGUAGUAUAACUAUCAAAGAGAGGACCAGACCAGACCAAAUAGAUAUCAGAUCAGCCUCUUUCUUUCUUUCUCUCUCUCUCUCUCUCUCUGCACCUUUCUUUCACAACUCAAUCAAAAAAAGCAUAUCCAAGGUGUGGUGGUUAAGCUGUCCAUCUAUCAAUCAAUCCAAUCAAUCAAGAGACCAAUCAUCAACCGAAUAUAAGAGAACGAAAAAAGGGGGCUACCCAAAAUGUCAUCCUCUUCCACCACAUUAUCACUGGACCACCUCCCUCCUUCCGAACAGCUAUGUUAUGUUCACUGCAACAUUUGUGACACCGUCCUCGCUGUAAGUGUUCCUUGCACAAGCUUGUUCAAGACCGUCACAGUCCGAUGCGGCCAUUGCACUAACCUCCUCCCAGUGAACAUGCGAGGGUUGCUUAUGCCAUCUCCCACUCAAUUUCAUUUGGGUCACUCUUUCUUCUCCCCAUCUCAUAACCUUCUGGAGGAGAUACCAAAUCCCUCUCCAAAUUUUCUGAUGAACCAAACAAAUUUAAGUGCAUCAAAUGAGUUCUCUAUGCCUGCUAGGAUUGCAGCUGAUGAGCUUCCACGACCGAUCAUGAAUAGACCUCCUGAGAAGAGACAGAGAGUCCCCUCAGCGUACAAUCGCUUUAUCAAGGACGAGAUCCAACGCAUCAAGUCUGUCAAUCCCGAUAUAACUCACAGGGAAGCCUUCAGUGCAGCUGCAAAGAAUUGGGCUCACUUCCCACACAUCCACUUUGGUCUCAUGCCUGAUCAGACUGUGAAGAAGACAAAUGUGUGCCAGCAGGAAGGAGAGGAGGUUCUCAUGAAAGAUGGGUUUUAUGCUUCGGCUAAUGUUGGUGUCUCACCCUACUAAUUCACCAGUCUAUUUUCUCUUUCAAGAAAUUAUGCAAAGAGGAAAAAUUUUCCAAGUUCACCAACCUUUGAAGCUCAGCAACGAUCUGAUUCCUUAAUUAACUUAUAUAUGCAUCUAUUUAUGGCUCAAGGGCGGUUAUGUUGAUAUAACUAAGGACUACUACUACUACUACACUAUGAUGAUUAGCUCUUGGGGUUGUGCAUGCAUGCAUGUAGUUCUCUUCUUAUGAUUAGACUUUAAUUAUUAACUUUCAUGUUCUUCAAUUCCCCAAGUACUACUGCAGCUGAUUGCUUAUCUAAUCAAUAAUUAAUUAGCCAUACUUUCAGUUUC